CUUGUCGAACGUGUUCUGUUUUACAGUUCCGCCUAGUCGGACACAUUUCGGCGUUGCACGCAGCUGAAAGCGAAACCUUUGUUUACAAAUACAAAACUUAGUGAUAGCGACAAACAUCAUAGAUAGCAGGAUAUGUCUGUUUACUGUUUUGUUUGAAAGAGCAAGACUGACUAUCAAUGGAUGCUUCAAGCCUUUGACCCUUCAAAAGAGGUCAUAAGAGACAGCCAUGAUGGUGGAGGAAGCUGGUAAGCUUCCACUCCGGCGCCUGGAGUCACCCAUACAGAAAUUCACUAAAGUGGCCAUCCCCACUGACCUAGAGAGACUGCACCAACAUCAACACAACAUAGAAAAGUUUCAGAGAAGCAAACAAUGGGAUAAACUGCACCAAGAGCACAUCAACUCCAGCCGCACUGUUCAGCAAUUGCGAUCCAACCUGCGGGAGAUGGAGAAGCUGUGUGCGCGUGUCUGCAGUGCUGAUGCCGAAGCCCUUGAGAAUCUUGUUCAGCCAAUCAGAGAUCGAGCCUCGACUGCCAUUCAAGAGUUUCUUAGGAUUCACUCAGAUGUUGUCAAUAGGCCCUGCAUCCAAGAAAGCACAGACUUGCAUAUUGCCUCCAAUACUUCACACAGUGAUGGUGACACAGAUGUUCCUGAUUCCCCUGUAUUUCAAAAUCAGCUGCUCCUGCCUGAAAUCCCUGCAGAGCAGAAUGCUGCUGAAUCAUGGGACUCUUUAGCAGAGGAUCUGGUGGAGCUGAGUGGUUUAGUGAAUGAGUUCUCCGCCGUUGUCCAUUCCCAGCAGGAGAAGAUUGACAGCAUCGAGGCGAAUGUUAGCAUAGCAGCCGCUAAUGUGGAGGAGGGGACCCGGAGCCUGGGGAAGGCGGCCCGUUCGAAGCUGGCGGUUCUGCCGGUAGCCGGUGCGGUGGUGGGGGGAGUAUUAGGAGGUCCGCUUGGACUGUUAGCAGGGUUUAAAGUGGCAGGGGUGGUCGCUGCCGUUGGGGGUGGACUGCUCGGAUUCGCCGGGGGCAACCUGAUCCAGCGAAAGAGGAAAGAACGAAUUGACGUGCAGCUGCAACAGCUUAAGAGCAACAACAACGGUAAUAACGACCACGAACACGCUCAAUAACACACAAAGCACAUUUGUUUUUCUAGACAGAGGAGCUGGCGACCCACACAUUUUCAGAAAAAAAAACACCAUACCCUCAACAUACAUAACACACAAAAAAACAUUACAACCACAACUCCUACACGCAAUGCAAUGCAAACAUGCACUUGCAUGACAACAUGCUGCACCAAGUGGACUAGUGGCUAAUUUUCUUUAUGUUAAACCGCCUUAAUGCAUCAAGCACCCUUAUGCCAAAAAAAGAAGGCCUUAUUUUUUCUGAUCUGUUGCCAAACUGAUGAUUUUACAUUUGUAGGAGUAAUGUGAAUAAUUGUUGUUUAAUGGUUUGUGUAUUAUUAAUAAUAAUUUUAAUAAUUGCAGUGAUAUACAAUGCAAUGUAUUACUGUAUACAGCAAUCUCGAAUAGAAGAUCUGGAGAGAUAGCUUUUUGUAACAUUAAUAAGGUGACUGAUUAAACAGAGUUAUGUAAUGCAAUAACUACAA